GUGUAAAUAUCAUCCUUUGGUGCAUUUUCACGCUUUCAUUACAAUAUCAGUUUGUAAAAUCAGCUUACUGUGCAAACAAAGGCCUGUUGAUAAGGGUUAGUGCUAAAUCAUGGCUAAUAUGCAGAAUCAUUUUGAUGGCUUGAUUAUAUUGUCUUAUCCCCAAUAAUAGAGCUGAUCCUAGCAACCACUUCACAUGACCAAUCAAUACCCAGUCUUUCAGCUCUAACCCCUGAACUACUCUCCGUGCCUCCAAGUCCCUCAGUUCUAACCCCUAGACCAGACUGCCUCCCAAACUCAGCUCUAACCCCUGAACCACACUCUGUGCCUCCCAGUCCCUCAGUUCUAACCAUUAGCCCCCCUCCCCCAGUCUCUCGUGUGUUGGGGUGUCUCUGCUGUUUCCCAGGAUGCAGCGUUCCCAAGUGCUGUUCUCGGAGGCAGAGAUGUCACGGCGCUCCGAGGCGGAGGACAGGGAAGCGAAGCAGGUGGAGGCUAGGCUCCUCAGCAGACUGCACUGGCUGGACAGGGUGAGGAUCUACCACGUCAACGCCAUGGCACGCGAGCAGAGGCGCAUUCAGAGGGACCUGAGCGGCAUGAGGCAGGGGAGCUCCUGCCGCAGCUCUGGGGUAAUCUGCUCCGACUACGAGAGAGCACACCGUCCCCCAGGGGCCCUCCUACCCACCAUCCCCGGUGGGGCUACCAGCAAGCCCGAUGGACUCCGGUCUCAGAAACUCACGCCCUUGCGGGGUGGAGGACAGGCUAUCCCAGCAGGUCUCUCUCACACUCUGUAG